GUGUGUGAGUGAGUGUGAGUGAGUGUGCGCCCGAGCGUGCAGGCAGCUCAAUUGUCCGAGAUGCAGUAGCCUAUUUUUACUAGAAAACCUACUCAUGUUUGCUGUUGUAAAUGUGUGUGUGUGUGUGUGUGUGUGUGAUUGUAAGUGUGUGCGUGCGUGCGCGUGUGUGUGUGUGUGUGAGUGUGAGUGAGUGUGCGCGCGCGCAGGCAGCUCAAUUGUCCGAGAUGCAGUAGCUGAUUUUUGCUAGUAAACUUACUCAUGUUUGCUGUUGUAAAUAAAUACUUCAUUUAAAAGUUGAAGCAAAGUGCUUUAGCUGCAUGAGAUGCUCCUGCUGCUGCUCUUACCCGUCGUUUUGUGCUGUGAUGCUCUCAGCCUGAGAAGUGUGCGAUGGGAUCUUUUCGGCGCCCCCGCUUUAUGAGCUCUCCAGUGCUGUCAGACCUGGCCCGCUUUCACGCCAGUUCACCGUCUCUACAACUCUCCACUGCAAGUAUUUGGAAUAGUGUCCAAUCUGCUGUCAUCAAAGUAUUUCAAGGAGGAGGGCUACAGACCAAUGAGCUGUACAGUCUGAAUGAAAGCAUCAGGUGGCUUCAAAGGACAGAAUUGGGCUCCUUCAUUACAGAAUACUUUCAGGAUCAGCUCUUGAACAAAGGCCUGGCACAUAUAUUGGAGAAAAUUCAGCUUCAUGAGGAAGAAAACUGUCUCCAGGCUCUCUCUGAGAUGUGGGUAACAUUUUUCACAGAGAUCCUGCCAACUCUUCAAGCCAUAUUCUAUCCUGUGCAGGGUCAGGAGCUGACUGUGAGACAGAUGGCUCUGCUGGGGUUUAGGGACCAGGUCUUGUUGAAGCUUUCUCUAGAGAACAUGCUGCAUACUGCCUCAUACCCUCCUGCCAUAGUACAGAUGCUGCUCAUACUGCAGGGCAUUCAUGAGCCUAGUGGGCCUAGUAAAGAAUACUACCUUCUAGAGCGACUAGUGGAUAUGGUGAUUUCACCUUACCUGAGUAACUACAUCUACAUGAGCCACAGGGACUCCACUUCAGGGUGUCAUUUGGAAAACUCCCGUUUAGAGCCUGCACCUCACUUUGGCCAGCCAGAGAUCACAAUCACACACUUUGCUGCAGAAUCGUUGCUGACGCCUCUUGUGGAGCAGGAAGGCGAGGCAUAUCUGGAGAGGACUGGUGGAAUACGGCGCCACACUGUCGCCAAUGUUCAUUCAGACAUCCAGCUUCUCUCCAUGACAAACAGAACUGAUGGUGGUGAUAAUGGCCAGGUGACAAAAGCAAAGAGGACUGCUUCUCCCAGGCCUUUCUCCAGUCAACUGGUAAUCCUGGACUCUCAGUCAACUACAACAAAAUCAUAAAUAUGCCAGAACACUGCAGAGAUGAACUGAAAACUGUUUGCUGAUGGAUUAUGGAGUAUGCUUUUGAGCAAAAGCCGAUACUAUCUACUGAUUACUCACAGUAUGAGCACUAAGAGGCAGUGCAUGACAAAAGUCAACAUGUUGCAGUCUGGACAAGUAAGAAUCAUAAUUUACCCCAACCCUACAACUGUUGUUAGUUCAGGCAUUUACAUUAAAUACAUUAGUGGAAUCAUAUGGAUUAUCACAGCAGCUGAAGUACAGUAUGGGCCAAUCUGACUGUGUAAGCAGAUGCUUACAUAGAAACUACAUUAUUAUUUGGUUGAACGUUAAAAGCAUGAGGAAGAGGAGUUUAAAAAAAAACUAUAAUUAGCUCAGUCGUGUCCUGUUCUGUGCUCUUAAGAGGCAUGCUCUUUUUCUGCUGUAGAAGUGGCAAAGCUAUGUGGAAUUUCACCUCUGCUGAGCUAACACUGUUUACACAGAUGCAGUAUAAGGCAAAAUCUUUCUGAGCUUUCAGCUGUUUGGGAUUAUGGACUUGAUUACACUGUGUGACACUUUUGAGCCUUUUUAGUACUGUAUAGUUUGUUUGUAGUGGAGUACAGGUCUAUAGAGUAAUUUAUUUCAUGAAAUAUUUUAGAGUCUUAAUUAUAAUUUCAAUUUGAAUGUUAAGACAAAUAUUGUGUGCAUCAAUGUGCAGUGUUGUAUACAUUUGUAGUAAUAAAGUGUUACUUUGUGUAAAUUC